GAAAGUCUUAAGUUAUAAAAUCUUUGCCAAAAACGAUCGCUUCUUCAGUUUGAGACUAGAAUUGAGAGAAGAAUUUGAAAUAUUUUUAAAAUAAAGCAAAACUUUGAAAACUUGAAUACAAUAUGAGAAGAAAGUUAACGAUUCUGUUCGCUCCGACCGACGGCGUCGGUCACGUCAACGCCUGCAUCGGUAUCGGAGAAGUGCUGAGAGAUAGGGGACAUCGCAUUGUGUUCGCUGUCUGUGAUAUCUGGAAGAAUAUGCUCAUCAAAUAUGGCUUCGAGGAAGAGAUCAUUCGCGUGGCCGAGAGUGACAACGAUGUGGAUCCGGGCACCUAUUGGGCCACUUUGUUCUCCAAGGGAGGGAUGUUUGGCUCCAAACCCCCGAUGGAAAAAAUGAAGAACUUCAACAAACUCACCGCCAAUGGUCUCAUUAAGCAGAUCCAGGCGUCCGACAGGAAGAUCAAAGACUGUGUCGAUAGAGUCAAACCCGAUAUUAUUGUAAUCGACGGCUUUGUUUGGAUGCCAUCGUUGAUGAACUCUGGCAUACCGUGGGUCUGGUCUGUCAGCACUAACUUACUGUCCAUCGAUCACGCCUUCGAUGACGAAGAGAUACCACCGGGAGGUUUAGGUCUUCCGGCAAACGGCGACAAAAAGUUGUGGAAAAAGUUAAGGGAAGAGAAGAACGAAGCGCUGACACAAACGUUAGAGAAUUUCAACAAUUGGCUCAUAGAUAACAACUUCCCAACACUUCCCACACAGAAACUGAUCACUCCUUCCCCUUAUCUCAACAUAUAUAUGGUUCCCGAAGAACUCGAUUACACAGACAUCACUAAAUUCCCGUCCAAUUGGCAUCGAUUUGAUUACUUCAUGCGUUCCGGUUGUGGCGAUAUCUUUGAAAUACCCGAGAAGUUGAGGAAUAGGACCGGAAAACUGAUCUACUUGUCGAUGGGAUCGAUGGGCGGCACAGACGUGGAUCUGAUGAAGCGGUUGGUGUCCAUUCUGUCCAAAUCGCAGCACCGGUUCAUCGUAUCGAAAGGUCCACUCCAUGAGCGGUUCGAGUUGGCGGACAACAUGUGGGGCGAGCAGACGGUGCCGCAGAUCAAAGUGCUGAAAGUGGUGGAUCUGGUGAUCACUCAUGGCGGGAACAACACGUUUACAGAGACCUUCUUCUUCGGCAAACCGAUGAUAGUGUUGCCGAUAUUCUGCGAUCAGUUCGAUAACGCACAGCGACUUCAGGAGAAAGAGUUGGGCCUAAGAAUAGAUCCGUACGAGUGCUCGGAGACCGAACUCCUGGACGGAAUCGACCGCCUAUUGAAUGACAAACAACUCAUUAAAAGAUUACAACGGAUUUCAAAACGCAUACAAAAAUCCAAAAGCAUUUCAAGAGUUACUGAACUUAUCGAAGGAUUGGCCUCUAAAUGACUUCAAAUGUGAUUUCAUUGAUAAUAAUCGGCAAACAAUACAUAAGUUUUUUGGUUAUCAAAAGCAAC